AUGGCCUCCGCAAACGCCCUUGGUUACAUAUUGCCCUUGGGCAUGGGCUCGGCAGCUGUAGCGGGCCUGUCGCUCGCGCAUGUUGACUGGAAGACUAUCAUAUUGAAGUUUGUCACGGGGCCUGGGCGGACGAGCCGGAUCUUGCUGGCCAUUUUUGUGUUGAUCAACUACAAGAGCAUGCCCUUUAUGUGGACGUACCGCGUUCUGGGCGCUAUAACCCGCCAACACCUCCCCUACCUCCGCCCCGCCCGCCUCCACCCGCGCAUGCUCUUCCACUACUCCAUUACCUCCUCCUACAACUCCCUCCUGGAGACAGACUACAACUUCCACAAGUCCAACUCCACCUACUUCAGCGACCUCGACGUCGCCCGCUCCCACUGCGUCUCGCACCUCCUGCGGCCCGGCAUGGACGCCAUUGCCCGCAACGCGGAGACGCAGUGUGUCCGCACCAAGGACGGCGAGCUCGCCAAGGGGGGCAUGGCGGUCGGGCUGGGGGCUGUGUUUUGUUCCUUUCGGAGGGAGGUUGCUGUGCUGCAGGGCUAUGAGAUGUGGACGCGGGUGUUGGCCUGGGAUCGGAAAUGGGUCUAUCUUGUCACGCACUUUGUGGUCAAGGGGAAAGUCAGGCCGACCGCGUGGGACCAGGAUGGGAGUGAGCGCUGGUUCGGCCCGCUCCGAAAGAAGCAAAAGACGGCCGGGCUGAGUGGGGCCGAGGCAAAGGAGCUUGAGAAGCAUGUCAUUGCCACCGCGGUGAGCAAGUACGUGUUCAAGGUGGGACGGUUCACGGUGCAUCCUGCCAUCCUGCUGGAGAAGAGCGGCCUCUUGCCUGCGCGGCCGGGCGGCUGGAUCGGCGGCGUGAACGAGGUGUGGGACGAGGUUGUUGACGAGGAUCUGGGAGGGGCCCAGAAUGGUGAGAGUGAGGAGGAGGACGGGGUUGGAGACUGGAGGCAGGUCGAGUCGCAGAGGAGGCAGGGCAUGAAGUUUGCAGAACGAUUUGCUGCGUUGGACGGGCUCAACGGACUGUUUGAUGGCGGUGAACAUGGUGCACUUGGUCGGUUUUACCCUGGCUAA